CGUUAGUUGAUCUGCUAAUCGGCUCUGCUCUAUUCUCCAAAGACGAAAGAUGGCUUCUGCGGCUAGAACUUUCACCAGGGCUUUUGCUCGUGCUCCCCUUGCGAGCGGCACCUCUUCAUCCAUCCGAACUUCCGGUCGUCAUGCAGGCCGUUUUGCCCUUCCCUCCCAAAGCUUCCGAGGUGGAUCCCGCAGGGGGUAUUCCUCAGGUCCUGAAGCAGGAAAGUCUUCUACCGGUUAUUAUCUUGGAUUGGGUGCUGUUCUAGCUGGAGGUGCUGGUGCCUUCUACUACUGGAAUAACGAUGGACUGAAAGCUGUUGCCAAACCAGCGUCUUUCACUCCAACCAAGGACGAUUACCAGAAGGUGUACGAUGAAAUCGCGAAGCUCUUGGUAGAAAAAGACGACUAUGAUGACGGAAGCUAUGGACCGGUUCUUGUCCGAUUGGCAUGGCACGCGAGCGGCACCUAUGAUAAGACAAGUGGCACUGGGGGAAGUAAUGGCGCCACUAUGCGCUUCUCUCCCGAAGGCGACCAUUCGGCGAACGCUGGCUUGAAGGCUGCUAGGGAUUUCCUCGAGCCGGUCAAGGCUAAAUUCCCUUGGAUCUCCUACUCCGAUCUUUGGACUCUUGCUGGUGCUUGCGCCAUUCAGGAAAUGCAAGGGCCGAAGAUUCCGUGGCGCCCAGGCCGCGUAGACAGGGAUGUAACCUUCUGCACACCUGACGGACGUCUUCCUGAUGCUUCCAAAGACCAUAGACAUAUCAGAGAUAUCUUUGGACGCAUGGGUUUUGACGAUCGUGAAAUGGUCGCCCUCAGCGGCGCUCACUCCCUUGGUCGUGCCCAUCCUGACCGGUCUGGUUAUGACGGCCCGUGGGAUUUCAGCCCGACUGUCUUCACCAACGAAUUCUUCAGAUUGCUGGUUGAGGAGAAAUGGAACUGGAAGAAGUGGAGCGGUCCUGCCCAAUUCACCGACAAUACCACCAAAACUCUGAUGAUGCUUCCUACCGAUAUGGCCCUUGUAAAAGACAAGGAGUUCAAGAAGCACGUCGAACGAUAUGCCAAGGACAGUGACGCAUUCUUCAGGGAGUUCUCGGAUGCGUUCGUCAAGCUCCUCGAGCUUGGCGUUCCCUUCACCUCCAAGGCUGAAGAUCGCAUACGAUUCAAGUCUUCCCACGACUGAAUUAGCCGCUUUGUGACUUCUUUAACAGCGAAGCGAAACAGUUUUUCCUCUUGAUCGAUCCUUUUCUACUCCUUGAUAAAUCUAAUCAGUUUUUUGUGGCACACCUCUGUCAAUAUCUUUUUAUGAUUUUUUAAAUUCACUUUUUUUUUUUGUCUUAGUAGUAUUUUACCAAGUUCUGUUCUAUUCAGUUUUAGAUUACAAAGAUCUCUCUACUCCUGUUCACCUCGGUUUCGAGGAUCCUCCUCGUUCCACCUUUGUACGAUACCUGUCAUCUUCUAGCGUCGUUCUUGAGCAGGAAAAAUAUUUGGAGAGGGACCGAACAAGUGAAGUGGGAAGUACGGGAAGUGCGCAGAAUGCGCUAAGGUUGAUGGUUGGUGCUUGAUAUAUUUGAUCCUAUAUUCAACACAAUCAAGAUGUAAACAAUUAAAACCCUAUCAGGUAUUAUUCUUCAAAGAGUAUUUUAUUCAAUUCAAGCAAAAGCGAAAAAAAUAAAG